AUGGAUGAUUUUGAGGACAUUGACGAGGCUUUUAAGCGUAACAGUACUCACAUUGUUGUAUUCAUUCGAAUGAAAAGUUCUCCACACUAUCUCGAUCAUCAUUCAAUGCAUAGUACUUCUGAUCUGAUUGAUAUUCCACGUAAAAUCAAAUCGCACACUGGUACAGCGUUCGCAAUCAACUGCACACUCUGUCUAUUUGCUUCUAUAAUCAUCGGGGUUCAAAAUUUGAUUCAUUCGAAAGUCAAUUCCGUUCAAUUCACAAAUGUAAUAGACGUACGAAUAAUUAAUUCGAUCACUGAACCAAACGCGGAAAGUUUUUCAUCACGAUGUGCUGCGGAAGGUUGCUUACAAAUCUUAGGACAAAUACUCUUCCCUCUUGCUUGUUGGCCAGCAUGUCGAUCGCAUAAGUUAGAGAAACUCCAAAAUCUCAAUUUCCUUCAAACACCGAUGAGCAUAAAUCUGACUUCGACAUUGAAUGAGAAUCAUAUGAUUGAAUUCGAUACAUUUAAUAUCGUUGUUUUGAAAAAUCAAAGUAUCGGCGAGCAAAUCGAAAUGUUCUUUUUAUACAAUUUUUUGGAAAAUCAGAACCGAACGUUUCGAUUGAACAAUGUUCCACUUGAUGCAUCAAGUUUAACGAAUAUAACUCAUUUAGUAUCUGAUGCUAUCUCUCAAUCUCACGCAGAUAUUCUUGACUUUACUGUUAUUCAAGCAGAUAUAGUCGAAGCAUCCGCAACAUUGAACGUCACUGUUCUGAUUUCAUUAAAACCUCAAUGUCUCAGCGAUUGCCAACGAUUACAAAUAAAUAAGCUAACAAUUCUGCCUGAAACCACCAUUUGUGCGUCAAUCACUCUGACCUACGAUGGAAAUACUUAUGAUUAUAAUGCUUCUCUAACUGGUGUUUACCUUGGAGCAUCUGGAGCGUUAUCAACGAGAACUACGCAAAGCACAACAAAAGGAAAGAAAAAUUUGAAGCGAGAUUUGACUUUCGUCAAGAAGAUCUAUUCAUUUAUAAAUAAGAAAGCAUCAAUAUUUGAAAUCAGUUACCAGUUGAAUGCAUCGAAAUUCAUAGUAGACAAAUAUUUCGAAGGUGGUACCAUUGUCAACAGUUCCACGCUGAACGGAUUAUCAAUCAUGAUGCAAACAACACUAUCCAAUGAUUCAAACAUUAAUGUGACGGUUUUCAAUGCUAGCAUCACUGAUAAUAAUGGAAAUACAUCACUAACCGCGCAUACAUACAUUUAUACUCUACGUUUGAUCGUUUAUUACCUCUACCCAGUGACAUGUUAUACAUGUGCACAAAGCAGUAACGAUGCCGUCCGAAAAACACCUGUAUUCGUAAAGACAAUACGCGUUCGCAAUGGUACAUUAAUUAGUAUAUCUCAUCCACAUAGUAUUCUUACGAUUUCACCAGCUAACAAUACAACUACCAUUCCAUCUCCUCCUCAUCAUACUACGGAACAUACAAGUACAAAACAUCAUCCAAUCACACACUGA